AUGCGUGCAGAAAAGGGCGAGCUCGACAUCUUCGCUGACCCAGCAGAUAAGAAGCCUCGGGAGAAGACUCACCGACGUCGCAACUCUGAGAGCUCGGUCCGUGAGAAGCCUACCAUGGAUCCCGAAGAAGAGAAAAAGCGACGCGAGAGGAAAUAUCGUGAAUCCAAGAAGAGCGGCAAACAGCAGAAACGUCUGGACGUGAUUGACAAGCUCGAUGUCACGUCCAUCUACGGUACUGGCUUGUUCCAUCAUGAUGGCCCGUUUGAUGCCUGCAACCCGCACAGAAACCGUAAGGGCUCUCGCAAGGCUCCUAUGCAUGCAUUUCCCGAAGACUCACUCAACAUGCGUUUGGGAGGAGCUGGUCCUCUUAAGAAGAAUAUCGACAUUGACCAAUUCCACGGCCGCCAUGCUGAAGGCUACAAUGACUACAAUGAGGCAGCCAUCGCUGAAGGAGAUGCCGAGCCUGUCGCACGCCCGCUGCCUGCACGAACCACAAGCUUCAACCCUACCGCUCGCGAUAUUGUGCAUGGUGCUGAAUCUGCUGGACUGGGUACAAGCACCUUCUUGGACGGCGCUCCGGCCAGCCGCAAGGCGAUUGAGGAGGGCGAGAAAGAGGCCUUUGAGCAGCAGCAACAAUUACAGCAGCAACAACAACUGUCGCGGAAGAAGAGCUUAGCCCAGCGCUUCCGGGCGAAUCGCUCCAAUACUCUGGAGGGCAAGAUUCCCGGUAGACGCGUUCAGUCUCCUGACGGAACCCCUAUUACUCCUCUUGAAUCCGCCAAGAGUGAUAACGGCAACAACCCUUUCUUCCAGAACUAUGACCAAGAAUAUGAGAAGAAAGGCGCAGCCAUCGCUUUCGCAGAGGCUGAGCAAAAGCCUGGUCGCGCCCGGGCUCCAAGUAGCCCGAGGAGAGACCUGCCCAACCCACUGGAGCGCUCUCGAACCGCGGACAGCGCGGCCAUGCAAGAUGAGCGCAAGUCUUCGACAGAAGCGAAGCCGAGCGGCGGCUUUCUCAGUCGCAUGAAGUCCUUGAAAGCUAAGAAGCCACGACCGGAACGGAGGGAAACCAGUGGUUGA